UCAUGCUUCCUGUCAGUAAGUUGUUUCCGUGUAUUUGUGUUUUUCCUUUGCCCCUUGGUAUUUGGUUGUCACUUGCAACCUGAUGAACAAUUUUAGUUACUGUUUCAAUUCCAUAACUUUACUCGAAGUGACAGGGUACAUAAUCUUUUAAUAGCUAGAUCUGGUUAAAGUGAUCUGGUUAAGGUUCAUGUUGGUUCUGCGAUGACUUGAGAUCAUAUUUAAUUGUGAAAUUACUAUAGUUUGGCCGUUUCUUCUCUUAUGAUAGUGCUGGUGUAUUUUUAGUUAGAACUGAAAAUGUUAUAGAUUAUCCAGUGUUAGUUAACAUUUUGUAAAUAGGAUAUUGUCAAAUAGCACCAUGAACGCCAUUAUUUCUGUUUGUCACUUCUGUGAACUACAUGGCCCAAGUGUCUUAUUAAGCACGCAGAGCACUCGUUCCCACAAACAAGCAAAUCUUAAACGAAAUAAAUUUUAUGGAUUACCCGAGUGUCUCCGGACACCUGGAGAUGCAACAACUUCUUCAUGUGAGGCCUGCCAGUCUGUGAGCAACAACAUUUUUGUUACCUCUGAUCAUGAUACUCAAACAAGUUAUAUCAGCUCACAGCUUCCUUGGCAGUCUGAAACUGAAGCACUAGUUCGUCAAGCGUGUACAAGAAGCCUCAGCUGUGAAGUCAGCCAGGGAAAGGAAGGAGUAUUAGUAUUUAGUGAUGAUUUGGGUGUGGGAGGCUCUCGAGGCUGCAGUGUAUUAAGCCAUACAUUUUUGAUUCGCGAUUCAUUGGCUAGAGGUUUUCAUCGGUGGUUUUCUAUCACAGUUCUGACUCGAGAUAGACUACUACUACUUAAUGUAUGGCCAUUUUUAGAAAAAAAUAUAUCUAUUUUUGUAUCAGAAUUGCAAUCAGCUGCAAACAAG